UAUUCUGGAAAUUAUUUUUUAUGGAAUAAUUCGGCUACGUAUUUCGCAGUAUUGUGCCAAUCUGAGUCGAAAAUCAUUUUCUAUGCUAAUAACAUUCUGCGUGUUGUCUCGACAAUUGUUGGUCUCAUAGAAACGUAGUCUAACAUUGCGUCAGAUAGUGAAGGUCAGUAGCGUUGAUAGUGUGAGAAAGUGUGUCUACAAUUCUGAUUGCGGAUAUGAUGUGUAGUUAAGAGCUCGAAAAUGAAUUUAUAUUCGUACAUAAGAGGCUUAUUUGGAUUUCCAGAAUAUAAGAAAGACAAUCAGUCACACAGGCAAGAUGAUAAACCAUGUGGAUCCCUACUUGAUGAAUUUCACAGACCCAUUUGGAUCAGGGAUGAGAACAGUGAUUACAAGACCUGCCCACCACACAGAUCAUUUGGGUAUGAUAUCUUUAGCAGUCCAAUAGAAAUUCAUAGACAUUUUGAACAACAGAUGGAAACAAUGUCAAGACUUUUUGAAACGUUUGAUAACAUAUUUGGAGGUUCCUUUCAGUCACAUCCACCAGUCUCAGACCAAGAUCAGUACCAAGGCAACCAAGAUUUAAGGGACAGAUAUGUGAAACCAAGGCACUGGCAUGACUCACAAGAAAGUGAAUGGAUUCCUGGCCAUGCCAGAAGAGAAAAGCAGUUGGAUGAUGAUUUAGAUGAUAGGGUCAGUGCAGGUGAACUAGAGCAGAUCUUGAAGGACAAACCAUCCAUGGAAAAGUAUGAGCCACAUGUAGAAAUACAUACCUUUGGAAAGAGCUCUUUCAAUAAGAUUGUUACCAACAGUGAUGGGACAGUGGAACAUCAUCGUACAGUGAGAGACAGUCAGGGAAAUGAGGAGAUAACAGUGACUCAGCAGAUAGGAGACAAGAGAUACUCUGUGACCACUCGUAUUGAUUCCAGAGGUGAAAAGCAACAAACAGAGAAUUUUGUGAACAUUGAGAAAGAUGAUUUGGAUACCUUCAAGAAGGAAUGGUGCAGGCUUCGCCAGACUCCACAGUAUCCUGCAAUUGACAAGGAACCAAAACCAGACCAUUUGUCUAUCUUUGAUCAAUUUUUCAAGUAGGAACUAUUUAAUGGAUUUUGCUGUAUUUAAAGUUAACAAAAUGUUUGUAGCAGAAAUAUUAUUAUUCAUGAAUGCUUCUUAGAUUUCGAAUGUUAUGUAAAAAAAAAAGCAAUGUAUUCUUUUUCCCCAAUUCGUGCAUUGGUUUACGUGUUUUCAGGAUCUUAAUUCAUAAUAAUGAUACUGAAUAAUAUAAUGAAGACUUGUAUUACUGUAACUUCUUACUGUACACAAUAAAUGCUAGUUUGCUCAAGUCUAA